AUGAAGCCUCUCAGUCUCGCCGUCCUCUUGUUGAUCCUAACGGCCUGGAGGAUCGAAGGCAGCGGCGGCCCCGCCGCCGCCGACCCGCCACCCGGCGCCGGCGUAGCGGCGGAGGCCAGCGCGUGCAGCCCGGAGAAGCCGAGCGCGAAGCACCUGCGAAAACACCGCCGCGGCUGCGCCGGCCGGCAUGGGGCAUGCAGUGCGGUGUCGCCUCGCCAUGUCUGCUGCUUUGGGCUCUACUGCCGCGACCUCUCCGGCGACCGGCUCAACUGCGGCGCCUGCGGGCGCAAGUGCGGCCUGGGGAUGAGGUGCUGCGGCGGCGCCUGCGCCAACGUGCGGAGCGACCGACGCAACUGCGGACGGUGCGGGAAGGCCUGUCGGCACGACGAGAGUUGCACUGGCGGCCUCUGCGGCUACGCCUAG